AUGAGUAAACCUAAGAUAUUAAUAAGUCAAAUAAAAAAUGUAACAGAUAUUAAAACUUUGAAUUUGAAAGGGAUUGAAUCAAGUAAAAAAAAAAUUUUUGGUUAUUUACAAAAUUUACCAGGGGAAAAAAAUUGGAUAAAACCACUGGUUGGAAAAAGUAUGCAAAAUUACUAUUUUCCCUCAAAAUAUUUACAUUUAGAUUUUAAUUUAAAAGAGUAUUUAAGAAUGCAAACAGUUCGAUUUAAAAGAAAAAAUAUUGACAACAGUUUAAUUAAAUUACAGAAAUGUAUCAAUUUAAUUAUUGAAAAUAAAACGUUAAUUGAUAAUUUUUUAUCAAAAAUAUCAAAAGAGUUAUUUUUAGAAAAUCAAAGCUUAAAAGAUUUCUUUGCAUUAUAUUUAACAAUUUUUCCUUAUGAUAAAUAUCCACUUAAUUUGUCUUUUAAUAUAACAGAAUUAAAUUUACCAAAUGAAAAAUUUAAUUGGUUCAAUUUUAACAGCCAUAGUAUUAAUAUAAUGAGAAAUAAUCAGAAUUGUGAUAAUUUAAAUAAUGUUUCAAUAUAUGAAAGUUCAAAAAAAAAUGAGUUAAAUAAUUUAACAGGAACAAAAAAUGAAAAUAUGUUAAUUAAUAAUGAAAAUUAUAAAAAAAUAAUUUUCACAAAAACAAAGAAUUAUAUGCAAUUCAAAAAGAUUAUCUGCAGAGAAAAAGAAGGAAAUGAAAAAGAAGACAAAGAAAAAAUUUAUUACAUAAAUUGUAAUGUCAAUUUAGGUUUAGAAGAAUCUAUAGAAGAUAAAAAAGAAAUAGAAGAGAAAGAAAAAUCGAAAAAUCUUUUAUAUAAAUUACUUAACGAAAAUGAAAAUAUAAAGAAAACUUUCUUAAUAAGAAGUAGAUUUAUUGAUCCAUUAUAUUUAAGAAGAAGAUAUUCAUACAUUGAUAAACUAACGAAAAAAAAAAUAAAAAAAGAAAAGCAUAAAACUUAUAGAAAACAUUUUAUUCAACAUGCCGAUGAAAAGAAUGUAUGGCCAGAUAACAAAGGGUUGUUAAAUAAAGUUUACCCAAACCCAUAUUCUUGA